AUGAAGGGAACAGGAGUGACUGAGAUGGCGAGUGAGCCACAUGGGCAGUCGGAGAAUGCCGACAUCGCUGCAUACAGUCCUCUAGACACUGGGCUGUCUCUUGCUCCCCCAACCCUGUCAACAAUUGGAAGUGUCGGUGGGGGCUGUCCGCCACAAAAUGAGGACAGGUCAACUCGAAGAGGAAACCUGUUGUUGCUAGAACCGGCCAGGGGUGUGCAGUCUACGGAAAAGGGUGGCCUUGGCUCAUGUGGUCAAACGCCAGUCGAUUGCUCUACUCACAACGAUGCAUUUCCUUCAGAAAGCUUCGUUGAUCAUUUCACUCCUUCAACAAUGCCAACCUCUAACAAAGUGGGCCAGAGGCACUUUUCAUCGGUGCUAACUGCAUCGCGAGCUUCAGCGAUGGCAUUAAAUAACCCGCUAGUCUUGAAAAAUAGCAGAGCGCAUCGAACUCCUGCUGCCUUUUCGGUUCACUGUGAGACAAUGCCGGAUAGAGAACCAGAAUGCUGUGAUGCUGACAUUACCUGUCUAGAGACAGCACUACGAGGCGAGUGCGUCGCCUGCAGCCCGAUUCAGAAAGACGUCAAAUCUGCAGGGAGAGGAGUCAACUCCGCAGUUGGCGAUCGCCGGGAAACCGAGAAGAAUCCUAUGGUAGACGCAGACGGUCCCCCUUGUCCAGUGAUUGUCCGUGACUCCUUCUCAUACUGGGUUAUAUACAAGCCUCCAUUUUGGAGUUGCGCGGCAGAAACAGAAAUGAAGGGGUACGCUGAAAGUGGCGCAAAGGGUGGAACUGCGCCAACACUCGGCUCGGUGAUCGCGUACCUGCAGAAACAUUUCCCUGUUACAAGGUCGAGUGCGAUCUACAACAAUCACAUCAACUACGGAGUCCUGUUUCCCCUCGAAACGGAAUGGUCCGGCUUCCUUGUGGUAGCGAAGACGUUCAACUCCUACACUUCACUCAAAAAGCAACUUGAGGUUGGAAAGUUUCAUGGCACCUUUCAAUGCGUAGUCAAGGCAGCGGCAAGCGAGCUGGGACAGAUCGCCCGCAUACCUCUUCUCUCUGCCGACGCCAACUCUCCUAGUCUUCUUGUCACGAACAGAGAAGCUCUUGGCACGAUGGAAGCGGCUCCAGAGAAUAUGUGUGUGAAUAUUUCCUGCUCCAAAAAGACGAAGAACGGCGGAGCGAGCGAGAGUUCUGGACUACGCCAAGAAGCUGGGUGCGAGCAUCCGUUUUCGGGUACAGAGACAUGGUCUCAUGUUUCGUUAGACUGCACUUUUAUUCUAGGAGGUGCAUCUGGCGACCUGCCUAAAAGCGGGCUUCACCGUUUCUUGACAUUCGACGAUCCGUUCGUCCAAGCAGUUUUAGCUCAAACAGGAAGGAAUGGGCCGUGCAGGCGUGUCUUCUUCCACGGUACAGCUCUUAGUUUCUACGACAUUGACGCAAGGUUAGAACAUGUAGAGAAACCAACUCAAGAACCUCGAUGUGACACCCGUGAACCGACAGAGGAACCGGGACUUCCCCUCUGCACAUUUGAAUGCGCCCUUCCAAUGGAGCUCGAAGAAAGCCUUUCCGACAUGCGGGAAACCAACAACGUCGCGACCAUUACUCCGAAAAAGCUGGCGGGUUCGAAAGGUCUGCAAUCUAGUACCGAGGAUAUGGAUACAUUGCAAUCGAAUCUGACUGCCCAUCCCUACAGAAAACUAAGUUUGGCGAUCGUUUCUCUCUGUGCGUUUACUACCGGUGCGCUCCUCUGUCGCCGGUUGGUGAUUUCUACUGGAAGGUGGACAGCAAUUCAAACAGCGCUGGCAUCCUUUUCUUCAAACCUUUUACAUUUUCCGAAAGUCGAUAUGGCCGGGGUCCUUGCUACUAAGCACGCCCUGCUCGAUGCGGCACGAUUCCUCAAAGAGGGCGGUUUAGCGCUGCAGUUGCAGCAACUACGGAUGUUUGCCUUACGCCUCCUUUCUGGAGAGCAUCAUGUCCCGGAUAACUCUCUUCCGACCUGA